UUCAUUGUUCAAUUUUCAUGCUUUCUUGAAACUCUCUUGAAUUUAUGUUGCUAGUGGUCCACGAGUAGCUUUCUUCUUUCGGUUCUAUUCUUAGACUUGCCUACAGAAUGAAAAAGGUUGGCGUUGCUGUGUGACAUUAUCCACUGGCAUCUGCAUCUGAUGUUCACAUGUUCAGCACUUUCCAUACGACUUAGGAAGAUCAGAGCGAGGGCCCAGCAACGCAUCGUCGCUCGUCUCCGAAUAUCAGCCUCGAGAUAUGGGCACCGCGAACUGGCCACGGGCUUUUCAUUGCUUACGUUACAAUAGAUAACUGCGGCUCUAUUAUCGAGCAUCAAUACCUUCGCAGCAUGUUAAGCACCUGCCAGCGACGGUUAGCCACGGCCGAGGAUCCCAACAAAGGAAGCAUCUCGGGCCCCAUCCAGCAUGAUCCGCCGCCGCUGCCGCGAUUACGUUCUGCAAAUCUAUAAUGGAUCAUGUCUGUCCAGUCAGAAUCAAAGAAAGGUGUAGUUGACGGUGCCUUCGAGAUACACCAUUGGACAAGAACAACUCAACUGCGACACCGGAUCUCCGAGUGGGGCGAUGUGGCACAUCUGCUAAGAGCCGGAAACAGGAUUAAAGUUAUCGAGAUGAUCUGAUAACUUCAAAAGCCUAUCUGGUUGCUAUCUGAUCCUUUCCUGAUCCCCUUCUGUGCUUCAAUACUUCCGAGCCAACAAGCAAAUAUGGGUCUCGACGGCCUGUCAUCAGCACAUGGGCUCUUGACCCCCGUGCACUGAUGGCCGAACGUCGGCUGUUCCCGCCACGAGUUGAUUCGACAGAGAUCUGAUUAGAUUAGAUCAAAUUUUCCUAUCCACUUUCCCAUAUAUCGGCAACAUCCCCCACGAUUCCGCAUUUCGAAGUCUGCGAGCACAUUUUGACUGCUGGUGGCUGACUGAUCCUCAACAUCUGCUCAUCAUGGGGGUUCUGGAACCCUUCACUACAGCGAACAUGGCCUCUACCAGCAAACCUCUGGCUGGCACAACAUCGGAGUACACACCUUUACUGAGCGACGAAGAGAGCAGAAGUGUUUUCGAUAAAAACCUGCAGGAUGAACCAAAUCCAGAUGCCCAGGAAGGUGUACAAACUGUGGAAGCCAUCACUCUCGUGUGGACUAAGGGUUCAUUGAGGUUGACUUACGUCUUCAUUCUACUUAUAAUUGCCGUCAACGCGAUACAAACCCAAGUCACACAAAAUCUUAUGGCAUACGUCGUCAGCGAUUUCUCGGCGCACUCUCUCAUACCGGUCAUUGGAAUAGUUUCUGGGAUAAUGAGUGGGGUGCUGACGCUGCCGAUCGCGAAGCUGCUGGAUAUUUGGGGGCGUGCCGAAGGAUUUGCUUUCAUGACUUUGAUUGGCACGACCGGUCUUCUUCUCAUGGCAGUCUGCAGAAAUGUCGAGACUUAUGCUGUGGCACAGGUCUUUCAUGCCAUCGGGUUCGGUGGUAUGAGUUACGUUCUCCAAGUUGUUAUUACUGAUAUAUCUUCGCUAUCUAACCGAGCCCUCGCCGUUGCACUUGCCUCGACCCCAUAUCUCAUCACGACUUUCGCUGGUCCAGGCAUCGCAGAGGUCACCUACAACAAUCUUGGAUUUCGUGGAACUUUUGCCUUAUUCGCCGUGUUAACCCCAUUGUUGGCUACGCCAUUCUGCAGCAUGCUGUUCAUGAAUCAGAUGAAAGCGAAACGGAUUGGUGUGCUAGCCAAAGAUCCGAUCAGACGCAGCUGGAGAGCGAGCUUGCUGCACUACACCAAAGAAUUCGACGGUAAGACCGUCAUCCAUGUCCGCUUGAAUUUUGCUGAAAGAAAUAUAGUCCAUGGAAUCCUCUUCUUGUCGGCAGGACUGGUACUUUUCCUCCUUCCAUUUUCGAUAACUGGCUACGGAUCAAAUAACUGGACCUCCCCUUCAAUUAUAUGGAUGAUAGUACUUGGCUUGGUACUUCUCAUUGUCUUUGGCAUCUGGGAACGAUUUUAUGCCAGCCAGCCCUUCAUCCCCUAUCGACUUUUGCUCGACCGUACCGUAAUUGGAGGAUGUCUUCUUUGCUCCAGUCGCUUUAUCGCAUUCUUCUGCUACGAUGGAUAUUACACAUCGUACCUUCAGGUUGUCAAUGGUCUCUCCAUCUCAGAGGCUGGCUAUAUCAACAACAUUUUCUCUGUCGUUGGCACCAUCAUGUGCUUGGUGGUAGGAGCAUUGAUCCGUGUCACAGGACGUUUCAAAUGGAUCGCCUGGAUUGCCGUUCCUCUUGAACUCGUCGGAGGCAUUACGCUGGCAUACUUCCGUCAGCCAUACCAACCGAUAGCCUACGUGGUUAUGGCACAGGUUUUCAUCGCCACGGCAGGUGGCGCAAUUGUGAUUUGCGAGCAGAUGGCUGUGAUGGCUGUCGUCGAGCACAAACACGUCGCUGCGGUCCUUGCCCUGCUCACUCUCUUUGCUUCCGUUGGGGGCGCACUUGGAAGUGCAGUGUCUGGAGCUAUCUGGACCAACACCCUCCCAGGUGCUCUGCUUGAGCGAUUGCCUGACUACGCGAAAGGAAAUGCAACUGCUAUCUAUGAGGAUCUCGCGUUGCAGCUGAGCUAUCCUCGUGGCUCGGAAGUAAGAGAUGCCAUCAUCGGUGCGUAUAGUGUUGCACAGAUGAGAAUGUGUAUUGCAGCUACAUUUGUCCUUAUGUGGGGAUUUGUGUGGGUUGGUCUCUGGAGAGAUGUGCGGGUCGACACAAAGCAGAAUAGAGGGAAUGUGCUUUGAGCAUCACGAUUUAGAUGGCAUUUACAUGGGAGCAUACUGGGAGCAAUUUGGAUACCAUUUAGACUUGAGUUAGAUUGUCGCUGCAUAAUAGUGGAGUUUUGGUUCUUGUGUCUUUCGCGUUGUUUUAUCCGAGCGAGAGGCUGCGGGACAUGUUGUAGCAGCAGAUUUUAUGCCAAGCUGGCUUUAUUUAUUGAUUUGAAUUGUUUGAUUUUA